CACUUACACGGCAGCUUAACGUACUGUAUUUCGUACCUCAUCCAAAAAAAGUCCAGACCUACAAAAAGCCACUUUGCAUUUACAAUAAGACGUAAGCUUCGUCCCAAUGACUUCGAAAUCAGGCUCUUAACUUGAUUCGUAAUACUAUAUAUGGUUUUGUAGACUCGUCAGCUCUAAGCUCUGCCGCACGCGCCCAGAGCUUGCGACAGAGCUACGUCGUUUCUUACCCUCUAGCUUUAUAUAUAUAUGGUAUAUAUGCUACCAUUCACGACUUUAAGACAUCAUGAUACGACGACUAUUUCAGUUGCCAUGUGGCCUUGCCGCCACUCUCCUGGCAACUCUCUGCUUGAACUCGGGUCAUGUUGUAGCUGGACCCUCUGUCAAUGUUGCUAUGAGAGCUGCAUUUCCAGCACCUCCCUAUCUCGUCGAGCUCUUAGAGACUGCUGCCGGGGAAAACGCAACAUCUUAUUUUCCACUCCUGGACCGGAUCGCGGAUGGCGCUUUUGCGGACACCAAGACAGACAAGGAGCUGUAUGAGAAAUUCCUCCAAAUACUAAAACAAGAUGGGCAUAUGGAGAGUCUAGAGGCAUUGUCCACUUUCAAGCUUGCCCUCUCCAUGAGGUCGGCAGCUCCUAGGAUCGAGGCUCAUUACCAAUACUACGAUACCGCUGUAGCGCCUUCUCUUGAAAACGCUAGGACGGACUGCGCUGAUUGGGUUCUCGUAAGCGGAAAGCAGUACUGCUCAGCUUCGCUUGCGCAUGUCGACGGCCACAUCUCGGGCGAUUCGCAAACACGACCUCUUCCUUUCGACCGUUCUUUGGGAACCGGGUCUGAAGUGAUAUUGUAUGCGGAUAUCACCAGACCUGAAUUUGGGUCAUUUCAUAAAUCCUUAUCAGAGAGAGCCCAAAAGGGGGAGAUAUCGUAUCGUCUGAGAUAUCGUAUUGAUUCAACCGAAGAACGAGAGCCGCUACCAGUCAGCGGGUACGGUGUAGAGCUUCAGCUGAAGCGAACGGAUUAUAUCGUUAUCGACGACCGCGAAGCUGAAUCUGAGACGGUUUCCGCUGCCAAGUCCGCACCUACCGAAGUAGUACUCGACGGCGAAGAGGAGGUAACAGACCUAAAGCCGUUGUCAAGUUCCGAGUUGUCAUCGCUAGGACUCAAAGCUGGUUCUUUUAUCAUGCAAAGCGAAGAUCCUUUUGAAACCUUGGUCAAGUUAACACAGGACUUCCCCAAGUUCUCCACCUCUAUAGCCGCACAUAACGCUUCGGAUGCUUUCGUUCAGGAGCACCGCCAAAAUCGGGCCCUGAGCGUACCUGCUGGGAUGAAUGUGCUCUGGAUGAACGGCGUCCAGCUAAUCGAGCGACAAGUCGACCCGUUCACUCUCGUCGACAGCAUUCGACGGGAGAGAAAUUUCAUCGAAGGCGUUACGAGUUUAGGUUUAAGUGGAAAAGAGGCCGUAUCUCUGCUUGGUCACCGUGAAGUAACAUCUGCCAAAUCUAACGACGAAUCUCGUAGAUUCGAUUGGAGAGACGAGAUUGAAGAAGGCCGAGUCAUCGUCUGGCUUAACAACAUCGAAAAGGACAAGCGAUAUGCCGAUUAUCCUAAGAGCCUCAUGGCCCUUAUGCAAAGAACUUAUCCUGGACAGGUUCCUCCAGUCCGUAAGGAUAUAUUCAAUCUUGUCGUCCCGGUUGACUUGAGUAAACCAGAAGAUCUGUCCCUAGUCGUUGAACGGCUUCAGAGUUUCAUAAAGAGACUGCUACCCAUCCGCUUCGGACUGGUACCGUUAACACCAACGAAUAAUGCCGAAGAGCGAGCAAAGAUAGCCUAUUACUUACUGGAGAACUACGGCCUAUCCAGCUUCAUGUCUUAUCUGGAGGCUUGCAGCACGGGAGACCAUUCUGAACAAGCAAACUUAGACAAGGCCAUCAAAAACCGCACUCUCAAGGACGAGGCCACCCUCCUUUCACUGAAUGAAAUUUUCGAGUCGGAAAACUACGCCAAACAGCUCAAACUUGCGAAUCAUUGGGUAGAGAGACUUAACGCUGAUACUGAAGUGCCUCCGAUGUUUUUCAAUGGCGUGGCCAUACCACGGGAUGACAACUGGCUUCAAAUCAUGAGCAUGAGGAUGAAUACCGAUCUACAAUUAGUGCAACAGGGACUCUUUAUGGGCACAGUUGAUGACGAGACGUGGGUUCCGCAACUCUUUCUGGAGGGAGCAGCCACUCGGCGCAACCUCUACAUCUACCCCAAUGACGAGAACACCCUCAUCGUGUUAGAUGUCAAUAAACUCUACAUCGAGCACAAGGAUCUAUUCGAACAAGUUCCUGUCAUCGAAGCAGGCGAGGAAACUAGCAAAGAGACCUGGGCUACUUUAACAGUUGUCGCAGAUCUAAGCUCGCAACAAGGUCUCCGCCUUCUCCUGUCUGCUUUGUCGUUCCGGCGUAACAACCCUGGCGUGCGUCUUGAUAUCGUCAAUAAUGCUUUGGAAUCGAGCAGCGCGCACGAGAUCAACGCCCUGCUCAAGCAAGAUGUCGCCAAGCUUUUGGAAAUCGAAAACUUGGAGACGCUAGAAGUUCUCUUAUCAGGCCCGAUCGACGUACCGGAUGACGGAUAUAAUGCUGCCCUAUCACGUUUCCUGACAGCUGCCACCGUCGCCCCAGGCACACAGUUUCUCAUCCUAAACGGGCGCGUGAUCGGCCCAUUCUUCGACAACUCAGUAUUUAAGGAAAGUGACUUCGAACUACUACUCGAAUUUGAGCAGGAGACGAGAAUACUCCCGGUUUAUAAGGCAGCAGACGCUCUAAAUUUAGCAGACAAGAUUACGUCUCCUCUAGCUGCUGCGAAGCUUACCUCGAUAACCGCUCUGUCUACCAUAUCAGACCUGCCCGAGGGAAUUUUCGACUCCGCCCCGACCUUCAGAACGACAUUGUUCGAUAGGUGGAAUUCAACGCAUACGAUGAUCGACGUAGGCGACGCCUCCACAGCUAAUAUUCAUUUCGUUGCCGUAAUCAAUCCCGCCAGCGAGGUGGGACAGAAAUGGGCCCCCAUUCUCAAGGUUCUGUCCCAGCUAGACGGUGUUUACAUGCGUAUAUUCUUAAACCCGAAGGAGAAAAUAGAGGAGCUUCCAGUCAAGAGAUUUUACCGCUACGUAUUGGAAUCGGCGCCAUCUUUCGACGAGGAUGGGAAGGUCAGAGCUCUAGGUGCUACGUUCAAAGGAAUUCCUUCGGAGGCUCUUCUUAACCUCGGUAUGGAUGUUCCACCUGCUUGGCUGGUAGCGGCGAAGAUAUCUGUUCACGACUUAGAUAAUUUGAAGUUGAGCUACAUGAAGACCGACGUAGAAGCUAUCUAUGAACUCGAACAUAUCCUCAUCGAAGGCCACUCGCGAGAGACCACAGGCGGUCCACCGCGCGGCGUUCAGCUACUACUUGGAACCGAGCGUGAUCCGCAUUUCGAUGAUACGAUUAUCAUGGCCAAUAUUGGAUAUUUCCAAUUCAAAGCUAAUCCUGGGUACUAUAAUAUUCACCUUAAGGAAGGACGAAGCUCGGAAAUCUUCAAUAUAAUUAGCGUAGGCGCGAAAGGUUAUAAUCCCGUUCCGGGUGACGAAGGCACCGAAGUUGCUCUGAUGGACUUCCAGGGUACAACUCUAUACCCGCGUUUGGAGAGAAAGCCCGGCAUGGAGAUGGAAGACGUCCUCGCCGAAAUUUCCUCAGGUGACGGCGACGAUCUCAUCUCUCGUGGUCUCAAGUUUGCCGAAGGUAUCCUCGGAACAAAACCCAAAGCAAAGCCGGCGUCGGAUGAAGAGCAUGCGGAAAUCAACAUCUUCUCGGUGGCGAGCGGUCACCUCUACGAACGCAUGCUUAACAUCAUGAUGGUUUCCGUCAUGAAGAACACGAACCACACGGUCAAGUUCUGGUUUAUCGAGCAGUUCCUAUCUCCGUCCUUCAAAGACUUCAUACCCCACUUGGCUAAAGAGUACGGGUUCAAAUACGAGAUGGUUACGUAUAAGUGGCCGCAUUGGCUCCGGCAGCAGAAAGAGAAGCAGCGCGAGAUCUGGGGGUACAAGAUCCUGUUCCUAGACGUGCUCUUCCCCCUGUCCCUCGACAAGGUCAUAUUCGUCGACGCGGAUCAGGUCGUCCGGACGGAUAUGAUGGACCUUGUCAAUCUCGACCUGCAGGGCGCGCCCUACGGAUUUACACCCAUGUGUGACUCUCGGACCGAGAUGGAGGGUUUCCGGUUCUGGAAGCAAGGCUACUGGAAGAAUUACCUACGCGGAUAUCCCUACCACAUCUCCGCGCUCUACGUGGUCGACCUUCGCCGCUUUAGGCAAUUAGCCGCGGGCGACAGGCUCAGACAGCACUACCACCAGCUAUCGGCAGACCCGAACUCGCUCUCUAACCUAGAUCAGGACCUGCCAAACCACAUGCAGUUCGUGAUUCCGAUCCAUAGCCUGCCGCAAGAGUGGUUGUGGUGCGAGACGUGGUGCAGCGACGAGAGCCAGAAGGAAGCGCGGACCAUCGAUCUGUGCAACAACCCGCAGACCAAGGAGCCGAAGCUCGACCGGGCUAGGAGGCAGGUUCCGGAAUGGACGGUGUACGACGACGAGAUUGCAGCCUUAGAUCGGCGGCGGAGAGGUUUGGCUACGGAUGGUGAUACCCAGAAGGUGGUCAGGAUUGGUGGCGAGGAAAAGAACACCAAGAGCAGGACGCUUGAGGAGAAAUCUGACGCGAAAACGAGGACCAAAGACGAAUUGUAGAUUUUUUUGGUUUUUGUUUUUUUUUUAUAGAUAUAUAACGCGCCUUAUAUAGACUUGAUAGAGUCUUUUUUUGACGAAGCCGCCUAAGUUGAACUGUUGUGCAUUUUUAAAAUCAUGACAUAUUUCUUUUUCCGGUUAAUAAUGUCGUAUACCGUCAGCAGAUUUAUACAUACAUUCGCAUAAGCCGUACGCGAUUAGGUACCGGUUUCUUUGUGAUCCCCAUCCUCGUCCGGCUUGGCGCAUUAAUAACGAUGCCUAAGCACAGGCGUACUACCCCG